AUGGAUGAGCACUUCAGGUUGUUGAACUCGACGACCAACCGCUCUUCCCUAUCAGACCUGGAUCGCGUCAUUACUCUCGGCGACGGUUCUUUUGUUCAAGAGCCCAUGCUAAACGAGGAUUAUGAGGGCUUUCUCUCCUCGGCUGUCUGUUCAGGUGGUUUAUACGAUGCGGCCAUGAACUCGGUCCAACCUUCAGAUAUUGCCAGCCUACAGUUUACAUCUGCAGGCACAACCGGCGCGGCAAAAGCGUCAAUGCUAACACACAUUAACAUCCUCAACAACGCACGCUUCGUGGGCGAAAACCUCCAACUGUCACCAGAAGACAUAAUCUGCUGUCCCCCACCUCUAUUCCACUGCUUCGGCCUAGUAAUGGGAUUUCUGGCGUCCCUGAUCCACGGCUGCACAAUUGUCUUCCCCUCCGACCACUUCGACGCGAAGCUCGUGCUGGACUCCAUUGUCUCUGAAAAGUGCACAACUAUCUACGGUGUACCAACAAUGUUCAUCGCCGAGCUCGAGGCCAAUCAAACCCAGAAAUACGCAAUCAACACACUACGCAAAGGCCUAGCCGCAGGCUCCACAGUUCCACUAGCCCUAAUGACCAAACUGAAAGAGCAGAUGGGCAUUGAGACAGUGUUAAUCGCGUACGGCAUGACGGAGACGAGUCCUGUGACGUUUAUGUCGACCUUUGAGGAUCCCGUCGAGAUGCGGGUUGCGACUGUUGGUCGGGUCAUGCCCCAUACAGCAGCAAAGGUGGUUGAUAAGAUGGGUCGGGUGCUGGACAUCGGGGAGAGAGGUGAGCUUUGUUCGUCUGGGUAUGCUUUGCAGAAGGGGUACUUGGAUGAUGAGGAAAGGACCAAUGAGGUUAUGAAGAAGGAUGAGAAUGGGGUUGUGUGGAUGCAUACCGGUGAUGAAGGGAUGAUCGAUGACCGUGGAUACUGCCGCAUCACGGGCCGGAUCAAAGAUAUUAUUAUUCGUGGUAUGUUUCGUCUUAUAUCCUGGAAUGCGGAAAGCGAGUGA